UUGGAAGAUGUGAAGAAUUGGAAUGGGACCAUCCCCAUUUGCAGACCUCUUCCUGGUUCUGAGUUUGGUAUUUCUGGGCCUGGCCCAGCAUCCCAUGACGUCUCCUUGCCAGAUUGUCUCCAACACGAUAGCUUCCUGCCGAGGUCAAAACCUGUUCCAAGUCCCUCGAGACCUUCCCAGAACUCUGGAGAAGUUGGACCUUUCCUACAACAAGAUCGAACACAUUGGUCCUACAGCCUUCUCAUCCUUGACCCUGCUGAAAGAGCUAGAUCUGGGUUACAAUUGCAUCUUCUCUAUUGCAAAUGACUCCUUUGCAUCCAAUAUCCUUUUGGAGAAGCUGAGUCUCUUCAACAACUCAUUGGGAGAGAUCCCUUCACUGGCUCUGAAGCCUUUGAAGAAAUUGACUGCCUUGUUUAUUUCAAACAACCUUUAUCAUCUCUCAAGGCUGGAUGGGGUAUUCAGCUCCCUGAAGAAUCUUGAAGAGUUCUCCCUGGGUGGCCCUGUUAUUGACAAGGUGGGAAGUGAAGACUUUAUUCCUCUGAAGGACAUUCCUUUGAAGAAGUUUUUCCUGAAAACUGCUUCCAGUUUGAUGGAGUAUCAGCAAGGGGCCUUCUCUAAACUCAACACAACAGAAUUUUGGUGUGACAUUGCUCUUGACAGAAAUCCAGAGGCUUUACCUGUUAUGCUCCAUGACUUGAAGGGAAAGCAGCUUCAGUAUCUCCGUUUCCGUAAUCUCUUCGAGUUCACAUACUACACUGAUUCAAUGGAUCUCUUUGCUGGCUUGCCUGAGGUCAAAGUAGAAGAGUUGGUCUUCUACAGGGGGAAAUUCAAUGAGAACUUGCUGCGUUUAGUCCUCUUAAAUGUCCAGAAAUCUCAUGUGCAAGACCUCUCCUUCAUUGCUAUCGAUUUUGCACGGUCUCCCAAGUGGAAGACCCAUGAAGCUGGCCUCGCCAAUCUGACCCUUCACCACUUGUUGCUGAAGGACAUCAGUAACCCUGACAUUUUGCGCUUUGACUGGACCUUUACUUGGUUUGCCGGUGUAACGUACCUUUCUAUACUCAAUGUCAACUUUAACUUUGUGCCCUGUGAUGCCUGGGGGGAAAUGAGGAAUGUGGUGGCUCUGAAUGUUUCUAGUAACCGCUUGUUAGAUGAAUACAUCUACAACGAAGGCUGUCUGUAUCAGGGAAUCAUGCCCAAACUGGAAGAAUUCAAUCUUAGCAGCAAUGAAUUAACACACCUGAGCACAGUUUCCAAGCUGACUUCCAGCUGGCCCCACCUGUCUAAAUUAGAUCUGAAUCACAAUCACAUUGGGAACUCUAAGGAUUUGCCGUGUGUUUGGAGUCCCAGUCUUGUUUGGCUGGAUUUGGCUUAUAAUGUAGUCACAAUGGAGAUCUUCAAGUGCCUUCCCACCAGGUUGCAGUUCCUGGACUUGUCUUACUCUCAGUUGGAACGCCUUGAUAUGAACUACUUUGAGGUUGCUGUUGACCUCCAAGAGCUGCGGCUGACUGGAAACAAGAUCAAGUUUAUCCCAACUGAAUGGAGAUGUCCAAAUCUCAGGAUUUUGGCAGUAGACAGUAAUUCCUUUGGUGUCAUCAGCAAAGGUUCCUUUGUGAAUAUGCCGCAGCUGAUGCAGCUGAAAGCAGGGAACAAUCCUUACCAUUGCAUCUGUGACCUCUACAGCUUCCUUCAAGAGACACUGAAGAAUGGCAAGUUACAGAUUGUGGACUGGCCCACUGGGUGGACCUGUUAUCACCCUGAGCACCUGCUUGAUACAGCUGUGGUUGCUUAUGCCCCAAGGGUGACUCAGUGUGAUGUCGUGGUGGUGGUGGCCAUUGCUGUCUCCAUCACAGCCAUUGUGAUGAUCAUCACUAUGGUCCUGUGUUGGUGGUUCAAUGUACCCUGGUAUCUCAAGGCCACCUUCCAAAUCGUGCGUUCUAAGUACAGGGCAAGUCGCUCUCAACCGUUGCAAGAAUUUGCCUAUCAUGCCUUCAUCUCUUACAGCUGCUCUGAUGCAGAAUGGGUGAGGCGGGAGCUCCUCCAGAGGCUGGAGGCCUUGACCCCACCAUACCGGGUGUGCAUUCACGAGCGUGACUUCACACCCGGGCGGUGGAUCAUUGACAAUAUCAUUGAGAACAUUGAGAAUAGCCGGAAAAUCAUCUUUGUCCUCUCACGCAGCUUUGUGGAUAGCGACUGGUGCAAUUAUGAGCUCUACUUUGCCCACCAGCGGGCAGUGGGCCUGAGCUUUGAGGACGUUGUCCUGGUGGUGAAGGAAGCCAUUGACCCACAUGUUCUACCCAACAAAUUUUGCAGACUGAGAAAGAUGCUCAGCAAAAAGACUUACUUGGAAUGGCCUGCAGAGCCCACUCGUCAGGCCUUCUUCUGGGUGCAGCUGAUGUCCGUCCUGGGGAAGGCCGAGGCAAUCGGGAGGGACCCAAAGGGGGAUCCAGUCAGUGCCACUUGGGGAGCAGGUGGUUUGGCUGAUGACAGUCUUGAAAUGGAUAAUGCAGCUCAUGCAGCUGAUGUGCCCGGGUGUUAAAUAGGGCUUACUUUGAGCCAAGGUGAACAUCAGAAUUCAGUGGCUGAGUUCACCUGUGGUGAUUUGUUUAACCAGGGUUUAUUAAGGAAGCCACAACUGGCUGGAUUCAC